AUGCCAAAGGCCGCUGCAGUACUGAACGAUCUUGACGGCCUUCCAACUACGCUGCGAGAAACCUACAUUCCCUGCGAGUUUGAGACACUUGUAAAUCUAUGGAUAGAGUUGUUGAACCUGUCUGUCGAACUAGAAACAAUCCUACGACUCAACUAUCGGCCUGGUCAACCACCCGCAUCGCCCACGGCUCUCGAAUCACAUCACAGCAUUCUGCAGGCGAUACAGAGCAGAAUCUGCGUGGAUCUGGCGGGGGAAGCACCACUGCUGCUAUUGCACCGCAGUAUCCUCAAGAUUUACCAUGGGACUGUACUGAUUGCUCUGCACCGGCCGUACAUCCUCCUGCCAGCACAAAGUUCAAAGUCUCCUCUUGGGGAAAGUAGCAUUCGAUCUCUCGCGAUGGACAGGUACACCACGGCCGCAUCGACCAUCACAAAGGCCGUCAACGACCUUGUACGCGCCGACCUCCUCAAUGUUUCACCACCCACGCUCCCGACCUGCAUCAAUUCCGCCAUCGGGGUACACCUACACGAGACGUGCCGCUCCGAGGGCAUCGGCCGCCAGCUCGCAUUGCAUAACGUCAACCUCCACAUGCUUGUCCUUUCCCAUCUCGGCAAGAUUUACUAA